CAUUGAUAUAUGCCUUGAAGUAGGAUCUGGAUCUGGAGUAGUUUCAACUUUUUUAGCUUCAAUUGUUGGAUCCAAAGCAUUUUACAUGUGUACUGAUAUCAACCCUGUGGCUGGUCUAUGCACAGUAGAGACAGCUAGAGAAAAUAGUGUUCACAUUCAGCCAGUAAUUACUGACCUGGUAAGACAAAUUAUAAUUAAUUGUUUUGGUCAACAAAUUUGAAAACAUUAUCAAUAUUCAAACAUUGUUUAUGUUACAUUUUAGGGUAAGAAUGGCUAUUUAUAACAUGAAUGUCUAGAAGUAAUGGAGCUCUUCUGCUUGACUGUGUACUAGUCAGCUUGUUCUGACCCAGUUCCCCAAACACGACAAACCCUCUGAAGUUAACUCAAAUAUUACUUUAUUAGGAGUGCCAGCAGCCGCAGCA